GCCCUUUCCGUCUGUCUCCCUCUCUCUCCCUCGCUUCCUCAGUUGGCAACUUGGCGCCCCCCUUCUGUAGCUCUCCACUCCUCGCUUCUUCCUCCUCCUCCGCCACCUCAACCUCAUCAGGAUAAGGCAGGCAAGCAGGCGGAGGCAGGCGGCAGGCCACGCUUCCGGUGCCGACCCGCCGCCGGCUCCCGGUUCUGGAGAGGCUGCAUGCAUGAGUAGUCGCGCCGCCGCCGCAGAGGAGCCAUGGGGAUGGUUACUGCCGCCGCCCUCAUCGCAUCUUCGCCUCAGGAUUCUCUCUGCCGCGGGUCUCUCUCCGGCGCGCCGAGGCUGCUGCGCCUGAGGCCCGCCUCCCCCUGCGUCAGCGCGCUCAGAUUAAACAAGUUUGUCCGAAGGUGUUACAUAGCAAAUGCUGAGGUUGACGUUAGCAAUGUAAAUGAGGAAGAAGUUUUCGAUGAUCACUCAUCAUCAUUACCUCAGGGCUGCUCCAUUCCAGUUGUGCAUAUCCUAGGAGAUGUUCUAGAUUCUAGCCCAUUUCCUCUACAUGACAGUGCCUCCCACCAUGCUGUUUUUGAAGAGUUACCGGUCUUGUCUGAAGGAGAGCAACAUACAUUGGCCGCCACUCCUGCUCACCCUGCUGGACUAUAUGCUUUAUAUGCUAGCUACUUGUUUGGUAACCUUGUGGAACAACUCUGGAAUUUUGCUUGGCCUGCUGCCCUGGCGAUUCUUCAUCCAAGCCUAUUGCCUGUGGCUAUUGUUGGUUUCUUCUCAAAGCUCUCAGUAUUUAUCGGGGCACCAAUAGUUGGCAAACUUAUGGAUCAUUUCCCUCGAAUACCCAUGUACACAGGAUUGAAUGCUGUCCAGGUAGCCACUCAGCUGAUAUCAGUUGCAAUGGUCAUCUAUGCUCUCAAGAAUGUGGCCCAUGGUUCUACAUCAGCUUUGCUUCUCAGACCUUGGUUUAUUGCACUAGUAGCAGCUGGAGCUAUUGAAAGGCUUGCAGGGUUGGCACUAGGAGUUUCCAUGGAGAGGGACUGGGUUGUUUUGUUAGCAGGAACAAACAGACCUGUUGCAUUAGCUCAAGCUAAUGCUAUGCUUAAUCGACUUGAUCUUAUUUGUGAGACUGUUGGUGCUUCAGUUUUUGGCCUUCUGCUGACCAAAUAUGAUCCAGUAACCUGUUUGAAGAUUUCCUGUGGUCUAAUGAUCUGCAGUUUUCCCGUUCUGGUUAUGUUGGGUCAGCUAAUUAACAGCGUCUCUUGUCAUGCACUUGAUUCCUCGAGAUCCGCCAGUGACGAAUCUAUUUGUGCUGAUCUACUGGACGUACGCAAGAUAGUUCAAAAUGGCCUGAGUUCUAUCAAGCAUGGCUGGGACGAGUACAAGCGGCAGACUGUUCUACCUGCAAGUGUAGCUACCGUGUUUCUAAAUUUCAACGUAGCACUAGCUCCUGGUGCCAUAAUGACUGCAUUGUUGAUGCAUCGUGGUAUUAGUCCAUCCAUCGUCGGUGCUUUUAGUGGAUUGUGUUCUAUUAUGGGCCUUGUUGCAACAUUCAUCUCCGCGAGCCUGGUGAAAAGAGUUGGGAUUCUAAAGGCAGGAGCAGCUGGGUUAAUAUUUCAAGCUUCACUCCUAUCAAUUGCUCUCACUGUGUAUUGGGCAGGGCCCAUUUCACAGAGAACACAUCUACUCAUCUUCCUCGCUUCCAUCGCGUUGUCUAGGUUGGGGCACAUGUCUUAUGAUGUUGUGGGGACACAGAUCAUCCAAACAGGAGUUCCUGCUUCAAAAGCAAAUCUUAUAGGAGGAAUGGAGGUUUCGAUUGCAAGCCUUGCGGAGUUGGUCAUGCUUGCGAUGGCUAUAAUUGCAAACGACGUCUCUCAUUUCGGCUUCCUCGCUAUCCUGUCUGUUUCAUCCGUUGCUUGGGCAGCGUGGAUGUUCUGUCGGUGGCUCGGAAAUCCAACGGAUGAACAGAGGGAACUCUUCAUGUUUGAUCCUCAUUUCCAGGUUCAAGCAACAUAGAAGAUGAAGCACCAAAGUCCAGCGCAGCGUGGAAGCAGAGCCAUGGGGGAUGAAGCGCCUAGCUGGCUUGCUGCCACGCGUGCUCGAGGCCAACAUCCGUCCCAGCAGAAGUGCUGCCGCUUCAAAACUAACAGAAGAUCACACGAUUGCUUGUUCUUGGAGCCAAAAAAAAAAUGGGGGCAUGCCUGCAAUGAUCUUGAAGACGUUGCGCACAGCUGCCGUUACAUCUUUUGACUGAAUACAACACACACAAUUAGGAGUUAGGAGACAGAGACACCCAUCAUUUGUUACUGGUAGAUUCAACGUCUAUACCCCUUUUUCUUCUUCUUUCUGUCUGUUGUAUAGCUCAUCUACUGUCGGUUAAAUCAUUGCUUGUUGUAACUGACGCAGGACACGAACGUGACUUGUCAAUCCUAGUAACAAAAUCAACGGAAAUUGGUCUGA